AUGAAUAAGCAAGAACGAAAAUCACAUGUAUUUUUACAUGAUUCACAAAUAAAUACUCUUGCUGGUGCAGCAUCUGGUGUAUUUGUUAGUAUUCUUGUUAGUCCACUUGAUGUGAUUAAAACACGUAUUCAAGUCAAACGUUUACCAAAAGGUGUACCUGAUACACCAUUAAUACUUACAAUGUAUAGAUUAGCACAACGAGAAGGUUUACGAGCAUUUUUCAAAGGUUUAGGAACAACAAUGUUGGGUUAUGUACCUAAUUGGGCAAUCUAUUUCAAUAUAUAUCAAUGGUCAAAAAAACAAUAUGCAAAAAGUUUAACAAAAAUUCAUUCUGAACAUGAUAUGUUAAUUAAUCUACUAUCAUCUGUUACUGCUGGUGGAAUAUCAAAUACAUUUAUGGCACCCAUAUGGACUAUUCGUACACGUAUGAUGACACAAUCAAAUCAUGAAGAUUAUAGAAAUUCAUUUCAUGCAGCAAUUAAAAUUUAUAAAACAGAAGGACUUCGUGCAUUAUAUCGUGGUGUUAUACCAUCAAUGUGGGGUUUGAUCCAUGUUGGUAUUCAAUUUCCAUUGUAUGAAUAUCUUAAACAGAGAUGUGCAACUAAUUCACCUUCUGAUAGUCAUUUAUCGACAGGAAAAAUUAUGUUUGCAUCCAGUGUUUCAAAAUUAAUAGCAUCUGUGACUGCAUAUCCACAUGAAAUAGUUCGUAGUCGUCUUCAAGAUGCAGGUCAUGCUCGACGUUUACAACAACAAUCUUCAAAUCCGAAUGUAAAUUUUCAUGUAUAUAAAAAUGUACGUGAUGCAGUUAAAACAAUUGCUAGAGAAGAAGGUAUACGAGGAUUUUAUCGUGGUAUUGUACCUGCUCUAUUACGAACAGUACCUGCAGCAGUAUUAACAUUAUCAUCAUACGAAAAAAUUAAAGAUUUUCUAAGUGAUAAUUAUGGUGAAGCUCCGGCACAUCCAUAA